AGGGCCGACCGGUAAUUGAAAACAAGAAUGUUAUAAGCAGUGAUGCGGGAGAGCUGGCUGUCGAGCGACAUACAUGGUCGGGACGGGAUAGCAGCCUGAGCCAUGUUUAUUUUAUUCCUUCUCGUGCUGUCCGCCCUCGCGGAAGCAGUGUCGAUAAGUAUAGGCCAGCGACGGAGAAUCGUCCGAUCGUUCAAUGUUCUCCGACACAGGAGCUCCGAGACCACGCCGUUGCAAGUAGGCAAUGGCAACUUCGCCUUUGGCGCCGAUGUGACGGGCCUGCAGACAUUCAAGCCGUAUGCCGUCAUGUCGAGCUGGGGUUGGCACAACUUUAGCCUCCCAACGACGCCUGGUCAAACCUCGGUGGAUGACUACACUGGCAUGCAACUGUGGACACAUGGCAGGCUGGUGACCUACGAGAUGCAGAACCCGGCCGAGAACGACAUCACAAACUGGCUCCGAGAGAACCCCCACCGGCUCAACCUGGCCAAUAUUGGGUUUGCCUUUGGGCGCCGUAACAUCACCGAGGGCGAUCUGGAUCACCAGCGCCAGGAGCUCGAUCUCUGGUCUGGGAGGCUAUCAUCAUCCUUUGUCUUCGCUGGUUCUCCGGUCAAGGUCGAGACGUGGGCCGAUCCAGACUCGGAUACCAUCGCUGUCAAUGUCCACUCGAAGCUGCUGAGACGAGGACUCGGCAUCUUUUUUGGCUUCCCUUACCCUGACAAUGAGAAGUUCAAUGCCCCGUUUGUCGGGCACUUUAACCUCACAUCCAAACACUCGACCGUGCUUGAACGGCUGUCUCCGAACAGAGCUAGCAUACGGCAUGUCUUGGACGAGACGACCUACUACACGCACGUAGCAUGGAACGGCCCUGGACGGGUAGAUGGGCCUAUAGAGGGAACCCAUCGCUACACCUUCACCGCAUCACAAAGCAGCAUCCAGCUAGUCGUCACCUUCUCUCCCACUAGGAGCCCGCCAACCACCGCCACCGCCAGCACCACCAGCACCACAUACGCAAGAGUAGUCUCGGCGUCCCGCAGCUGGUGGGAAGCCUUCUGGUCGUCCGGAGCAUUCAUCGACCUGUCAGCAAUCCAAGACGCCCGGGCACGGGAUCUCCAACGGCGCAUCAUCCUCUCGCAGUACCUGGUGGCCGUCAACUCGGCCUCGUCCUACCCGCCGCAGGAGUCCGGCCUGGUCAACAACGGCUGGCACGGCAAGUUCCACCUCGAGAUGACCCUCUGGCACACGCUGCCCUUCGCCCGCUGGAACCACUUCCCGCUCCUCUGGCGCAGCCAACCGGCCAUGUACCGCCAAUUCCUCCCCUCGGCCAUGGCCCGCGCCCGGAUGCAGGGAUACCGGGGCGCCCGCUGGGGCAAGAUGACCGACCCGUCCGGCCGCAGCGCCCCCGGCGACAUCAACGCCCUUCUGGUCUGGCAGCAGCCGCACGCGAUGUACUUCGCCGAGACCGAGUACCGCGCCUUCCCCAACGCGUCGACGCUCGCGCGGUGGGACGAGGUGCUGACGGCGACGGCCGACUUCAUGGCGUCGUACGCCUUCUGGAACGCCUCGAGCCGGGUGUACGACCUCGGUCCGCCCAUGUACCCGGUGUCGGAGAACACCGACGCGAACGCGUCGGUCAACCCGGCCUUCGAGCUGGCCUACUGGCGCUUCGGCCUGGACGUGGCCGCGCGGUGGAAGACGCGCCAGGGCAAGCCCGUGCCGGCGGAGUGGCUGGCCGUGCGGGACCGGCUCGCCCCGCUGCCUGUCGUGGACGGGGCCUAUGCCGUGUACGAGGGCAUUCCGGACAUGUGGACGUCGAACGCCACGACCAGCGACCACCCGGCCAUGGCCGGCAUCUUCGGCUUGCUGCCGCCGCCGGCGAGCGGGCCGCCCCUGGACCUGGCUGUGUUGGAGAAGACGGCCGCGAAGAUCAAGGAGCUGUGGGCGCUGGAGGACUCGUAUGGUUGGGACUUUGCCAUGCUGGCCAUGAACUCGCUGCGGCUCGGAGACCCCGAGCAGGCGGUCGAGUAUCUGUUGCAUCCCAUUUUCCAGUUCGAUGACGCGGGGUAUCCGGUGGGCGGGUCAAGGGUCCCGACGCCGUAUUUCCCCAACUCGGCUUCGUUGCUGAUCGUGACGGCCAUGAUGGCGGGAGGCUGGGACGGGAGUCCGGGGAAGACGGCCCAUUGGCCUAAGGGGUGGGAAACGGAUGUUCGUGUUGAGGGGUUCGUGCCCGCCUUGUGAGGGAAAGUGGUUCCGCCACUGUUGCUGGUCGAGGGAUGUAGGAAAUGGACUCUUCCAUGGCUCUUGAUCGUAAGUGAAUGCACACCGUAUUGAACACCGCUACCUAUCUGUGAG